GCAAGAAGUUGGCAGUUGUGGGGUGACGAGAGCUGCAACACGCCGCCACCACCACCACCACCACCGCCUCCGCCGCAUCCCCUCUCGUUUCUCCAUCCUCUCCCACUCAACCCGAGACCACCGUGCAUCGCCAGCCACUGCACUCGCGACGCAGCAGCUCCGGGGCUGACUUCAAGUCUGCACCCUGGAUCAUCAUCAUCAUCAUAGUCGUCGUCAUCGGUGCUGAGGUUCACCGCUCCUCAUCCUGUCGCGCUACCGAGAGGGCAGGAGCGAGGAGAAGGGGCAGCAGCAGCAGCAGCAGGAGGGGCAGCAGCAGGAGCAGGGGCAGCAGCAGGAGGAGGAGGAGGAGGGAGGCGGAGGUCUCGGGACGGGGUCCAGGGGGGUCGGGGGGUCAGGGGGUGCAUGGAGCCCCUGGGCCCCCUGCUGCUCGCAGCUGCGUGCAGCCUCUGGCACGUGGGGCAGGGGGCAGGCUUUGAAGCUGAGAGUGUGCACAGCGGGCCGCUCGGGCGGAGGAGCGGGCGAGACGUGUUCGUCCCACGGCGCAUCGGCGAGACCACCGCGCCAACACGGCUGCCCCACGUCACACAGGCGGAGUUUCCAGCGGCAGCUCGGUACAGCGUGCGGGUCGCGGGACAGCCGCGCGUUCUCAACCUGCAGAGGAACAGGGAGCUCGUGUCCCCUGGGUAUGUGGAGUCCCACUACGGGCAAGACGGAAUCCUCCGAAGCAGCCAACCCAACCUCACACGGCACUGUUUCUACCACGGCGGCGUGGCGGGCGCUCCCGGCUCGUCCGUCUCUGCCAGCACGUGCGGCGGACGCCUUCGCGGCCUGGUGGUGCUGGGCGGGCGCCCGUUUGCACUCGAGCCCCUCGGAGUGUCAGGCGCGGGGCUGAUGCACACGAGCUACCCCGCGGAACGCGCGCUCGCUCGCGACCCCCGCCGGCAGAAGAGGGGGGGGUGGCGGUGGCGGCGGGGCGCCGGGAGAUCGUGCACCGUCGCCGCGGAGGGGGAGAAGUCGGGCUCCAGGUGGGGGUCCUUGGCCGGGCAGGAGGGGGGCGGCAGCGCCGCCAGGGAGCAGAGCGGGGCGGGCGCGGCGGGCACGCACUACCAGCAUAUGGAGAAGGACCCCGGCUGGGUGCUGCAGGACACCAAGUAUGUGGAAAUGUUCAUGGUUGUGGACUACACCAAGUACAAGAUGCAAAACAAAAGCCUGGAGCGGGUCCGACAGCGGAUGCUGGAGGCUGCAAACCACAUGGACAAGCUGUACCGGCCGCUGCGCGUGCGCGUGGCGCUCGUGGGCCUCGAGGUGUGGACUGCGGGCGACCGCGCCAACGUGAGCGCGGACGCCAACGCGACGCUCAAGGGCUUCCUGGCGUGGAGGCGCCGCGAACUGGCCCCGCGCGCCGCCCACGACCACGCGCAGCUCGUCACUGGUGUGCAGUUCGAGGGCGUGACGGUGGGGCUGGCACCAGUGGCUGGCAUGUGUGGGCAGAACAGCGGUGCCGUCAGCGAGGAUCACAGCUACAACGUGCUGGGCCUGGCGUCCACCAUGGCCCACGAGAUGGGCCAUAACCUCGGCAUGAGCCACGAUUCGACGGAGCGCCGCUGUCACUGCGAGGCCACGGAGGAGCAGGGAGGCUGCGUGCUCGCGCCGCGGCUCAAGCACGGCUUCCCCGUGGGUUUCAGCAGCUGCAGUGUGCAGGACCUGCAUGGCUUCCUGCAGGCCGGUGGGGGGCCCUGUCUCUACAACGAGCCCCUCCCGGACGCGCUCUAUGGGGGGCCCGUGUGCGGAAACCUCUUCCUGGAGCCCGGGGAGACCUGCGACUGCGGCACGGUCGAGGAGUGCGACAACCCGUGCUGUAACGCCACGACGUGUCAGCUGGUGAGCGGGGCGCGGUGUGCUCACGGAUCGUGCUGCUCGCACUGCCAGAUAGCGGCCGCGGGCGUGCGGUGCCGCGAGCGUAUGCACGAGUGCGACCUGCCCGAGCUGUGCGACGGCCGCUCUGCCCGCUGCCCCGACAACCUCUACCUGCUGGACGGGCACCCGUGCCGUGGCGGGGCCGCCUACUGCUACGGCGGCCUGUGCCCCACCCUGGAUGCGCAGUGCGCCAGCCUGUGGGGCAAAGGAGCCUCGCGGGCGCCCGACGUCUGCUACUUCCUGGGAAACCAGCGGCAGGACAAGUUCGGGAACUGUGGGCGCACAGAGCACGGCUUUGUGACCUGCGACCCAGGGGACGUGCUCUGCGGGCAGACGCACUGCGUCGGGGGCAACAAGCACCCGGUGACGGGCGUGACGUACACGCUCACGUUCGGGACCGUGCGCUGCAAGGUGGCCGGCACCAGCGACGGAGACGACGCCGCUUCGGACCCCGGCCUCGUGCUGCCUGGCACGCGCUGCGGCGACGGCAAGGUUUGCUACCAGAACCGCUGCCAGGACGCGUCUCUCCUGGGCGCCCACAACUGCUCCGCAAUGUGCAGCGGACACGGGGCGUGCAACAACAAGAGGGAGUGCCACUGCGACUAUGGUUGGGCGCCCCCUUUCUGCAGCAGCCUGACCCCACACAUGCGCACAGUGGUUCUGGCGCUAGCGCUGGCCCUGGGAGCAGCUGGAAUGUUGGCGCUGGUCGCUGCCGUCUGCCACUGCCGGAGGCGCAGGAAAGCGGCGCACGAACGAUGCAGCUCCAAGCACAGCAGGAGCGUCGCGGGGCUCUCCAACCCACUCUUCUCAGUGCCUGCGAUCCAGGGCAAAGCGCCGGCUGCGCCCGAGGUAUUGUGAUGCUUGGAGCGCCGCCGCAAGGGGAAGUCGGGGAUGAGUUAGCCGAUGCACAGCGUACAAACCAGUAAGUCAAAUAGUCAAAGCGGAUACGUCUGUUCACACGCGCCCGGAGGUGCUCGUAUUCAGUGACGGCUCUCGAGAUCGUGGGCAAAAGAAAUCCACGUGCUUUUGAAGGGGGGGAUCAUUCUGCGUAUAGCAUAACCGCUCUUCACUUCCCACACGGUGGUACGCAUUGUAUCUGCCCCAGCGAGAUGAUGUGCCGACUUAACCACCAAACGGGAUUUAAAUUUCACAACCUUUCUAUUUUGAGUUGCGUACUCUGCCACAAACACCACGCUCUCAGAUAUGCAGUUUACAUUCCGCUCUCAUGCACACGUCCCGAGUAAAAUGAUUAACACACCAAACCUGAUACACUAACGAUCUGAUUUAUAUCGUCACGGUCUUGAGCCAAUGCUGCAUAAUCUAAAUUCAUAUGGCAGGGACUAUUCCCUGACAGACGACUAAUGUUGAACUCUCAGCCAGAGGUGCAAACAAAUGAUUGGACGAGUUGACCUUGACCCAGAUUUGAUCUCCUGACCUUAUGAUCAUGAGCGCACAGCUCGCCGCCUGAGCAGCCUUAUGAGAUCGUAAGGAAAUGUAUCUAAAUAAUUAAUUCUAACAUCAAUAACGGUGUCAUUUCUGCAAAUCCUUCCACAAUGAAUAAAUAUUAAUGAAGGGUUGUUCAUUUUAGGAACGGAAAUGACCAUCGAUCAAGUAAUAAAUGUGCAUGCGUCCACAAGAAUGUUCCUUAGUGCCAUGUGUUUAAACAAGGGAUAUUUGAAUAGCUUCGACUUCAAUGAGUUUCAUCAGCGAAGUAUGGCUUAAUAAACAAUUAAAGCUUUCGUGACUGCAUAAAUUACUCAUUGUUUUUUUCGGUAAAGUCACGUAUGUAGAAAUACCAUAAAUGAUAUAUUUUAUUUAAAUAUAAUUUUAUGGUAUUUCUACGUACGUGGCUUUACGGAAAAAAACAAUGAGUGAAGUAUGGCUUGUGGAACCGUUGCUCUGCCAUGCUACAAAUUCGCACUGAACUGGCACUGUUAGCCGCCAUGAGACAUUGGCGGAAAAGUUCACAUUCCCAUGGCGAAGGCUGGUCUCACGACCACCGCUGACUUCCCACAAAGUGAUUAUUUAUUUGAUCAUGCCAGAGGGGUGACGGCCCGAGUCAAGUCUUCCUACUGGGAUUUGAACUCACAGUCACGUGAUUGCAAGUAAGGUCAGUCUGCCACAAGCGCCACCUGUCUGCGUGGCUUGCUCCCUACUCUUCCUUGGCAAGACGGGGCGGCUCACUGCCGACAAAUGGCUAUGCUCGUUGGCUAUCUGGCACAUUGUCUACUGUAUCAACUCGGUGUAAAAACCACUGAGUCGGCUGCAGUGUGGCCUCUUUAAGAGUUCAUUGGGACUGGAGGUACGGUGUGCGUUUAGUCAAAUUCCGGGCAGGAUGUGGG